UCUAUCACCGUUUAGAGAAAAGGAUCAUCUCACACAAAAAAACAAAAACAAAAAGAAAAGAGAAAAGGAAAGCCUGAGUUGGGUUCUGAAUGUCUAUGUGUACAGUUGAGAGUAAUGGCCACCGGCAUCGACGUUUAUGAUCAUGGUACCGUUGUUCGUUAUAAUAAUAAGAGGCCUAGAGUUAAGUGCAACUAUUGCGGUAAAGAGGUUAAUUCCAGCACCCGUCUUAAGCACCACUUAGGAGGUAUAGGAACUGAUGUAGUCCAUUGUGUGAAAGUUCCGGAAAAUGUGAAGAAAUCAUUUGGAAAUUUCCACUGGAAGAGAAAUUGUUCUCCUCCCUCCAAUGGUGUCAAGCAUAUUAAGCUUGAAGAUAGUCAAACUCCUGGUUCUCUUCUACAUGAUGGCAUGACGGAAAUUUCUAAGGUUUUUAACAGAGGACCAGAUGCAAGAUUAGCGGUAAAUGGUGAAGAAGAAAAAGAGGACGCAUCAUCAAGGCAUGCCAAAAGAUGCAUAGGCAAGUUCUUAUUUGAAACAGGUAUUGAUCUCAGCAAUGCCAAAUCUCUUAGCUUCAAGAGAAUGCUAAAUUCAACUCUUGGUUAUUUUGUGGUUAAGAUCCCUACUCUUCAGGAGUUGAAAGGGUGGAUUCUACGGAAUGAAAUGAGAGAGAUGCAAGAACAUGUGAAGCAUAUUAGACGUUCAUGGGAAAGUAGCGGAUGCAGUGUUUUGUUGGAUGGAUGGAUCAAUGAGAAGGGUCAAAACCUGGUUAGUUUUGUGGUGGAAUGCCCUGAGGGUCCUGUUUAUCUUCGCUCGGCUGAUGUUUCAGCUAUUCAAAAUGAUGAAAAUGCUUUGCAGUUGUUACUUGAUAGAGUUAUUGAGGAGGUUGGGGUUGAUAAUGUAGUUCAAAUUGUAGCAUGCUCAACAGUGGGCUGGGUUGGGGCCGUAGGCAAGGAGUUUAUGAACAGACAAAAGAUGGUAUUUUGGAGUGUUAGUGCAUCACAUUGCAUCAAGCUCAUGCUCGAAAAGAUAGGGAAUCUUGAUUGCAUUAAGGGCAUAAUAGACAAGGCAAAGACCAUCACAAAGUUUAUUUACGAAAAUGAGGAGGUUUUGAAGCUUAUGAGAAAUCAUACCAAUAGCUAUGACUUAAUAAAGCCAUCCAAGAUGAAGUUUGCAAUGCCUUUCUUGACAUUAGAGAAUAUGAUAUCCCAAGAGAAGAAUUUAAAGGACAUGUUCGCAUCAUCUGAGUGGAGGACCUCGGUAUGGUCUUUCAGUCCCGAGGGCAAGAAAGUGGCUAAUUUGAUACAAGAUCUUUCUUUCUGGACUGGAGCUGUAAUGACCGUGAAUGCAGCUAUACCUCUUCUCCGCCUAAUUAUUGAGCCUGAUAAACCUCAAGUGGGAUACAUAUAUGAAACCAUGGAUCAAACCAAGGAAACUAUCAGAGAACAAUUAAAAAACAAGAAAUCGCAGUAUAUUCCUUUCUGGAAAAUAAUUGAUGAAAUCUGGAAUACCUAUCUUCAUAGCCCUCUACAUGCAGCAGGCUAUUACUUAAACCCAAGCCUGUUUUAUUCAACUGAUUUCUAUAGUGAUGCAGAGGUUUCUUUUGGCCUGUUGUGCUGCAUUGUUCGAAUGGUUAAAGAUCAGCAGACGCAGGAUCUGAUAUCUUUACAACUUGAUGACUACAGACAUGCAAGAGGAUCUUUCAACGAGGGGAGUGCCAUUGACAAGAGAGCCAAUAUUCUUCCAGCUCAGUGGUGGUCUACCUAUGGAAAACAGCAUCCCGAGCUGCAAAAAUUUGCUAUAAGAGUUUUGAGCCAGAGUUGCGAUGGUGCAAUGCGAUAUGGGAUGAAGAGAGGAUUGGCUGAGAAGCUUCUCUUAAAUGGAAGGAAUCAUGUCGAGCAACAACAGUUGGAUGAUCUGACAUAUGUUCACUAUAACUUGCAUUUGCAGAACACACUUGAAAGUGGCCUACAGGCUGAGGAGAUCGAUCCAAUGGAUGAUUGGAUAGUAAACAAAACUCCUGAGAUUACGCCCAAAAUCGGUGGCUUGGAGUGGAUGGAAACAGACUGCGCUGCUGAAUCCAACGUCAGUCUGUAUAAACCUUCUGAGUUAAAGGAGGAUCCUAGGUUUGGUGCACUGAUGCAUCUACCGGAUGCUUAUGUACAUUAUUGGGGACCUUCUGAUUACACGAGUCGUGUCAUACCAUUCACGCCUUCUCUUCCGGUUUCAUUUGCACCACCUGAGUGCACCCAUAUUUCUCGUUGUCAGGCCGAGUACUUGACCAACCUGGUGCUUGCACUGAAAGCAUAUUUAGUGGAAGCAGGCAAUGAAUGGAGGGUCCCGUACAUGGAACUGAAGCACGAGCUGGAGCAAGUUCGCGCCCGUUUGGCAGCUGCUAAUCUUAGACACGGUGAAUGCGAGGAUGGAAAGGCUGGGUCGGAGACUGGAUCGGAUGAUGAGAUGACGACUAGUGAUUCGGUUAGCUGAUUUUCUUUUGUUUUUCAUUUUCUUUAAUUUUGUAUAUUCGGCUGCUCUUAAAUUAUGAUCCAACUAUGUUUAUGGCAGUCCUCUAUUUACAACUACUGCACUCACUUCUCUUGUUUUGCCUUAA